UAUAAUUAAUCUAUUUUUCUAGAUCUUCUCCUUUUACUCGCUUCCAAAACAAACCCUCAAAACUUAGCCUUUGAUCAUAAUUUUAGGGUUUAUUUAUUUCAUUGUCAGAUUCUUGAUCAUCCAAAACCCUAAUUUUCAGAUCGGGUCUGAGUGUUCUAGUUGUUCGGCUCUUUCUAUCAGCUAAGGUUCAUGUCUGUUCUUGACGUCCAAAUACCUACUGCCUUUGAUCCGUUUGCUGAUGCAAAUGCUGAGGACUCUGGUGCUGGUGCCAAGGAGUAUGUGCACAUUCGAAUUCAGCAACGGAAUGGUAGGAAAAGCCUGACUACCGUCCAGGGGUUGAAGAAAGAAUUCAGUUAUAACAAAAUUCUCAAGGACCUCAAGAAGGAGUUCUGUUGCAAUGGCACUGUUGUCCAGGACCCUGAGUUAGGGCAGGUUAUUCAACUUCAAGGCGAUCAGAGGAAGAAUGUCUCUACUUUUCUUGUUCAGGCUGGCAUUGUGAAGAAGGAUAACAUCAAAAUCCAUGGUUUUUAAGUUGCCGUAGCAAAAAUUUCUCCCAAGUUUAGCCUCCUGUUCCAAGCUGAAAUCCUCCCUGAUGAACCAUUAGUUAUAUCUAUGCUGUUAUAUUAUCUCAAUGUUGGUAUGAUCCUAAUAUAUGCUACGUCCUGUGUUUCUUGUUCUUUCAACUCUUGGCCUAUUUGAUGUUGAAUGAUAAUGGAAACUAUUAUUGUUUCUCUUUCUCA